AUGAAACUCUGGACUGGAGUCAAGGAGGCUUUCAUAGCCACGACAAACGAGCAGAACUCGGCCGACAUACAACAACCGCCACAGGCACCUUUACAAGGAGAUGUCGCGACAAACAUCGAAAAAUGCCCUGCAGAGGGUGAGACGUUCUCCGAUAAUAUACAGGCUGGCGUCCAGAAGGUUGAGGCAGCAGCCAUGGUCUGGACAAAGAAAGAUUUAAUUGCUGCGUAUGGUUUGAUGUGGUUUAUCUUCGUCGUCGCCUCUCUGCAAGAAGUCGUUGUUAGAGUUCUCACACCAUUUGUUACGAGCACCUUCCAGACUCAUUCCCUCACUGCCACAAUGAAUGUUGUAUCCGGUAUUGUUGGCGGUCUCGUGAAGAUUCCUCUGGCUAAGAUUCUUGACACUUGGGGCCGACCUCAGGGCAUGACUUUCAUGCUGGUACUAUGGGUACUCGGGUUUGUGUUGAUGGCUGCCUGUAAGAAUGUCACCACUUAUGCCGCGGCCUUGGUCUUCUAUACUGUCGGAGCGCAAGGACUCAGCUACUGUGUUACCGUCUUCGUAUCCGAUACGACAUCCCUCAAGAACCGAUCUUUGAUGCUGUCUUUUGCAAGUUCGCCGUAUAUAUUCACGACCUGGAGCGGCGGUCCCAUUGCCGCUGCUGCUCUGUCAGGCGCGGGGUGGCGAUGGGGUCUCGGUGUAUGGGCCAUCGUCACCCCUGCUGUUGUGCUCCCGUUCUGUGGCAUCUUCUUUUGGAACCAGCACAAGGCGAAGAGGCUGGGCUUGAUAGAGGAUGCCGUGACACUCGGCGAUCUAUCCCUGCAAUCGAUCUGGAAGUAUUGCAUUGAUGUCGAUCUCCUGGGCAUCUUCAUCCUGGCAGCGGGAAUGACACUGUUCCUCCUACCGAUGAAUAUUUAUUCGAUGCAAGAAGACGGUUGGAAGAGCCCUAUGAUCAUCUCAAUGAUUACAAUCGGUGGACUUCUCAUCAUCGCCUUUGUACUCUACGAGCGGUUCCUCGCCCCAGUUACGUUCAUCCCGUAUGAUCUCUUGGUCGAUCGUAACAUGCUAUUCGGCGGCACCAUGUUCCUCUUCCUAUUCUUUAGCUCUGGCGUUUGGCAAUCAUACUUUAGUUCAAUGAUUAUGGUUGUGUGGAAUCAGGGAGUGGCAAAUACGACUUAUAUCAACAACAUCUACCGGACGGGCUCCUCGGUCUUUGCCAUUAUUAUCGGCCUCUUGAUUCGAUGGACAGGGAGAUACAAGCCCUUUGCUUUGUACUUCUUUAUGCCGCUCAUGAUGUUAGGGGUGGGACUUAUGAUCCAUUUCCGACAGCCUGACCAAGACAUCGGCUACAUAGUCAUGACACAGAUUUUUGUCGCUUUUGCUGGAGGUCCAGUUGUUGAAUGUGGCCAGAUGUGUAUGAUGGCGGUGGCCGACCAUCAGCACAUUGCCGUAAGUCUUGCCGUGCUUAGCCUCUUUGGCAGCGUCGGGGGAGCCAUUGGGUCUACGGUCUCGGCGGCUAUUUGGACUGGCACAUUCAAAAAGGCACUGGAGCGCCAUGUCCCCAAGACUGUGAAUGUGGAGAUGGUGUACAGUAGCUUGUAUGCACAGCUGAGUUAUCCCCCGGGAACACCUGAGCGAUUGGGUAUUGCGAAAGCUUAUGGUGAUGCGCAGAGGAUUAUGUGUAUUACGAGCGUUGGCGUCCUGGCUGGGGGCCUUCUGUCUAUUGGUCUGUGGAGAAACAUGAACGUGAAUACAAUUAAGCAGACACGCGGUAAUAUUAUUUAG